AUGUUUGAGAGUUUUGAUAUUUUAUCGAGUGCAUUUCAUGCAUUAAUUUUCUCUCUGUAUACCCUAGUGCUUCUGCAUUUCAUUGUCAACGAGCACGCCAGUAACAAGAGUACGAACUCUAUUAUAUACAAAAAUCUGAAUUUUAUGUUGCGAUCUGAGAGAGAGAGAGAGAGAGAGAGAGAGAAAUCUACGGAAGAGGGUAUGGUUGUGGCCACGGUUCAAGGAAGUCUAACCAAAUAUAACGGGAUCACUGGAAUCCCAAAAGUGCAUGAUCCAGGGUCACACAACCACAAAUGGGGUGUGUGCGCGACCUAG